GAGGGAGUGAAAGUUGCGGGAGCCACUCAGAGACACGCAGCUGACUUUGGGCUUUGGUCGACAGACUUUGCUGGGCUGCGCUCUGCCUGUUGCCGCAGCCAGGAGCGCACAGAUUUGUUUUGUCGGGAGACAGAUUCCAGGGGCGAGAAGUAAAUCAGUUCUGUGACCUCCGACCAUCAUGCCGGCCAGCCAGUAUCUGCCCUGCUGCACAGCCAUCCUGUUAGUGCUGUUGGAGCUUGUCCUCGCCCAGUAUGAGCACCUUGGUUACCCGCCGGGCUACCCAGAGCCAGAGCAGGAAAUGUACACCGCCCCGCAGCUGCCGCCAGACACGCCCAGGAUUCAGCUGCGAUUGGCGGGAGAGAAGCGCAAACACAACGAGGGCCGCGUAGAGGUUUUCUACGAUGGCGAGUGGGGUACUGUCUGCGAUGAUGACUUCUCUAUCCACGCCGCCCAGGUGGUGUGCCGGGAACUUGGCUACCUAGAAGCCAUCUCAUGGUCGCCCUCUUCUAAAUAUGGGAAAGGACAAGGACGCAUCUGGUUUGACAAUGUCCACUGCACCGGUAAAGAGAAGACCUUAGCGCUGUGCGAGUCCAAUGGGAUCGGCGUGUCCGACUGCAAACACACUGAAGAUGUGGGAGUGGUGUGCAGUGACAAGAGGAUCCCAGGGUUUAAAUUUGUCAACACCCUGCCUAACCACGUGGAGAAUCUCAAUAUUCAAGUUGAAGACGUGCGCAUACGGGCCAUCCUGUCAACGUACCGUAAGCGGAUCCCCGUGACGGAGGGCUACGUGGAGGUCAAGGAUGGCGGCAAAUGGAAGCAGAUCUGCAACAACGAGUGGAGCCAGCUGAACAGCAGGGUCAUCUGUGGCAUGUUUGGCUUCCCGGGAGAGAGGAAGUACAAUGCCAGAGUCUACAAGAUGUUUGCUCGCAGGAAGAAGCCCACAUACUGGGACUACUCUAUCAACUGCACUGGUAAUGAGGCCCACCUGUCUGGCUGUAAACUGGGUGAGAUUUUAUCGAAGAAGACCAAUGGGACCUGCAAUGGAGGUAUGCCUGUGGUGGUGAGCUGCGUUCCUGGCAGAGCCUUUUCCCCGUCUCCCAUGGCUGGAUUCAGGAAGGCCUUUCGACAAGAGCAACCGUUGGUCCGUCUUCGUGGUGGGGCCAUCGUGGGCGAGGGCAGGGUGGAGGUGUUGAAGAACGGCGAGUGGGGCACCAUAUGUGAUGACAACUGGAAUCUAAUGUCAGCCACCGUGGUGUGUCGAGAGCUGGGCUUCGGUACCGCCAAAGAGGCCCUGUCUGGAGGCCAGCUUGGACAAGGUAUGGGCCCGGUGCAUAUGAAUGAGGUGGAGUGCUCUGGGUUCGAGAAGUCUAUCACAGAGUGUUUCUUCAACAAGGAGUCUCUUGGUUGCAGCCACGAGGAGGAUGCAGCUGUCAGAUGCAACGUCCCUGCUAUGGGCUUCGAGGAGAGACUGCGUCUGAGUGGAGGUCGUAACCCGUACGAGGGCCGAGUGGAGGUGCUGGUGGAGAGGAACGGCUCUCUGGUUUGGGGGACGGUGUGCAGCGACGGCUGGGGAACCAUGGAGGCCAUGGUGGUGUGCAGACAGCUGGGCCUGGGCUUUGCCAGCAAUGCUUUCCAGGAGACGCUGUACUGGGCCGGGGAGGUGAGUGCAGACGCUGUAGUGAUGAGUGGGGUUCGCUGCUCCGGCACUGAGAUGUCACUGUCCCACUGCCUGCACCAUGGAGCCCACAUCACCUGCCCGAGAGGAGGGGGGCCCUAUUCUGCCGGAGUCUCCUGUUCAGAGACGGCUCCUGACCUGGUGCUGAACCCCCAGGUGGUGGAACAGACGACCUACAUGGAGGACAGGCCCAUGCUGAUGCUGCAGUGCGCCUAUGAGGAGAACUGCCUGGCCACCACCUCCAACCAAGUGCCGGCUAACUCCUAUCGCCGCCUGCUGCGCUUCUCCUCCCAGAUCCACAACAACGGCCAGUCCGACUUCCGUCCCAAAGCCGGCCGCCAUGCCUGGGUGUGGCAUGACUGUCACAGGCAUUAUCACAGCAUGGAGGUGUUUACCCAUUAUGACCUGUUCAGCCUCAACGGCACCAAGGUGGCAGAAGGACACAAAGCUAGUUUUUGCCUGGAGGACUCCGAGUGUGAUGAGGGGAUUGAGAAGAAAUACGAAUGUGCCAACUUCGGAGAGCAGGGCAUCACCGUGGGUUGCUGGGAUACCUACAGGCAUGACAUCGACUGCCAGUGGGUCGAUAUCACUGACAUCAAACCUGGGGAUUACAUUUUCCAGAUUAUCAUCAAUCCAAACUAUGAAGUGCCAGAGUCGGACUACACCAAUAACAUCAUGAAAUGCAGAUGUCGAUAUGACGGCCAUCGUGUAUGGAUGUACAGCUGCCAUAAUGGUGGCUCAUUAAGCACUGAAACAGAGCAGACGUUCCCUGGCCUCCUCAGCAACCAGGUGACCCAUAGGUAAAAGGAAGGAGAGGAGCCGACUGGUCAUUCCCCACGGAGAGACUGUCUGAAGUCCACCAAUCACUGCACAUCUCCGUCUGUGGUGGAUUUCCUGUGCCAGCCUUGCCUGGGUCAAAACCCCCUCUUUUAUGUUCCCUCAUACACAAGGCAGCAGCUUUCUUUGAAUGAAACCCCCGUCCCUACCGUUCCCCCUUUUCUCCUCACAGAAAGAAUAUUUGAUGUGUCGAUAUGUCAUCAUGAUCCCCCCUCCCGAUUCCUAACAGAGGCAGCUAGAGCCUUACCAAGCCUUCCAACCUCCCUGGUUAAGAUUAAGAGAACGGCGAAGCUCCCUGUGUCCCCUCUGACUUAUAGACCUUUUUUGGAAUAAGUGAUGAUGAAAUAAACCUGCUGGGAAACGGCAGGCAUAUUUCAGCAGGUACAGCAUUGGAGAAUGUCAUCACGAGUGUGUCUUCUUUGAAGUGCAGUACUUAAAGUGAACUCUGCUGCAGUUUUUUCUUCUUCUUUUUUUUUUGUCUUAAAUAAGACUUUGCUCAAAGCUCACGCUGGAGAGUUUGGAUGUCUGCGGAUUGCCUGAGGAUUGCAAGGAAUUGUACUGACAAAGGCAGCGGUCUGUAUAUGGAAAUAAUUGGACUUACAGUACAGAUGCAUUCUUCCAUAUGCAUUAGUUUGAGUAGUUUGAUAAGUGCUUUUUACAUAGCGAGGUCCAGAUUCACCAAGUUUCAGUCACGAUAGCAGUCUGAGCAUUUCCCUGCCAAUCAUUUGCUUGAGUUCACAUCUUAAGUAAUUUAUGCAAAUCAAGAAGUGGCACAGACAAGCCAUCAUAAGGAGCGCUGCGCAAGCAAAAUAGCUCCUUCAUCACCAAAUGCAUACUCCCACGGCAUUACGCUUAGACAACCAAGGCUGAAAUUUUACAUGCAAAAGUCCCUUCUCAUUUGAAGUGCACCCUAAUCUAACCUAUUUUAGUGCUACCGAAUUGGGCACAAUCUCAAUUUGCAUGGCUUUGUCUACAGAACUAUCAGAUUUGAUAAAAACUUGCAUACACAUGACAGUGACAGAUACGAAGAGACUUUAUCUCUUUCUCCAACUUUUUAUUCGUUGUGUUAGAGUUAUUUUGGAGUUCCUGUGCGCUCGUUAGUGUAUCUGGGCCUGGAUAGGUUAGUCAAGAUGAGGAUCAAUAUGUAACUUCUCAGAUAUCGCCUUAUUGUUCUGUUCAGGAUUGUUUUCUGUUUAUGAUGUGUAGCAUGUUUCACCUCCGAAGCUAAUAUGUGACCUCAUUUUUCUUUGCUUUUCUCCCCAGUUGAAUGCCUUUAGCAAAUGUCCACAUUCGUAGCUAGUGCGUUACAUGUCUUACGUCUCCAAUCACUAGUCUUUAUUUCAAUGUUUUCGUUGCUGUUAUGUUUGGAAUAUUUUGGGGGGAGGUUAUCAUGGGAUCUCCCAUCUCCUAACCAGUCCCCAAUAAUUUCCUUUGCAGCUAGUCCCUCGUGUCUCAGUGCUUUGUGCAGAAAUGUGACUGUGACCACAUAGCAGACAAGAGUAUCACUCACCACCUGUGCUGACCCUAGGACAGUGUAGUCUAGAUAUUAUUGGAAAUCCACCUCUGUCUUCCACAGCCAGUGGCACCCUGACGGCUCCUCCUGUGCGCUGAUACUCAGUGGACUCUCCUGCACCAUAGCAACAGCAUCUAGUUCAUGACUUUGUACGGUUUGAAAUAAAAGGACAGUUUCAGCCGUUUCCUCUCACUGCUUCAUGUCCCGCUCUAACAUUUACAUGGUACAGAUGAGCAAGCACAUGGAAAUAUGAUUUCUCCCUGUUUUAGACAGCCAUAGUUGUAGAAUUUAUCCAACGUGCAUUAGGCUAAAUCUCCUCUUUCUCACCAUUUCCAACAAACAAACACAUUAGUAACUUAUUGUCAUAAAAGUCAGGGAUUUUAGAAUUUUAUGCCUUUUUAAAAAAUUUUACUUUUGUACAAUAAUAAGUGUGAAUCCUAUUUUAUUGUACGUUUUUAUAAUGGUGCUAUCAAACUGAUCCUCUGUUUUCUGAGGGUACAGUUCAUGUCGGUCAGCUGAACAGCUACAUUAUGUAUACUAACAGUAUACUUGAACAAAGUGUAAGGAAACAGUGUACUUUGUGUGUUAACCAUAAAUAAAGGUCUGAAGCAAGCAAA